GUCCGCUGUGUCCCACGGACACAGCAGAUCACUGAUCCAUUGAAAGAGCCGAAGAUGUCGGCUCGGUCAUGUGAUUAGCUGUGUCCAAUCACAGCUGAUCACAUCAGCGCCACCUGUCAGUGUCCAUCAGUGCCAGCUCUCAGUGCUCAUCCAUGCCACCUGCCAGUGCCACAUCAAUGCCACAUAUCAGUGCCCAUCUGAGCUGCCUUUCAGUGUCACCCAUCAGUGCCAGUCAGUGCCACCUAUCAAUGCUAGUCAGUGCCACCUAUCAGUGUUGCCAAUCAGUGUCACCUGUCAGUGCCGCCAGUCAGUGCCAGUCAGUGCCGCCUAUCAGUGCGCAUCAGUGCUGCCUAUCAGUGUCGCCUAACAGUGCCAGUCAGCGCUGCCUAUCAGUGCCAGUCAGUGCCACCUAUCAGUGCCAUAUAUGAGUGAUGCCUUUCAGUGCCCUUCA